UAAUAUCUACACAGCGAGCGAGAGAUAUUGAAAAAUUGAAUAGUGGUUGGAUUUAAAUUGAUCAGGCGUGCAAAAUUCAAAGUGUCAUUACAUAAUUUCUACGGAACAUUAUCAAGAAAUUAAUUAUCUACACAGACAGAUGCAAAGGGUUUUGGGUCAGCGGCAUUAUGCGAAAAAUAAAAUAGUAGCCGCUGUAAUUUCUGUUGUUGCUGAUUAUUUACUAGAAAAACAUAUUUCGAUAGGGAAUUUUCAUAGACCAUGACGAGUCUAGCUGAUGUGUUCACAGAUCAAGAAAGUACAAACUGGCUGAAAGCAUGGCUUGCAGUGGAUAUUACAAAGGCUGGGCUAGAACGUUUUGUUUACGAAGAAAUUCAGACUGUACAUUCUCAAAUAUUCAAUUAUAUUCGUUCAAAACUAAACCUCCCGGCUACUGCAUCAUGCCCAACCCCAGGGAAGUGCAAAACGAGAAGCAACAAACAACCCCGACAUUGCCCGAUAAAACUUUGCGAUGAGGUUCAUGAUGAAAUCAUACAAUACCACAGAUAUGGAAAACCUUCCUGGAAGAAUACAUCAGCCGACCAAUGGGCUUCCAAUCCUUGGCAAAUAGCGAAAUGUUUUAUGCCUCCUGACGGAUAUACCGAUAUAAAUACAGUUCAAGACACAGACUUCAACGGAGUCAUCAGUGUUCUGCUAAACUGCAUCCACUUUGACAACAAAGUUUCGUUCAGUAUUCAACCAUCUGGAUCAAAAGUUUUAUGUUUUCUAACAAAGGCACGUGAAAUCGGCAAAGCUCUCCGUCACUCGUCAAAGUGUAAAAUUACAAUCAAUGACCUCCAUGAUAUCUUUACAACAUUGAAAACAUUACUGAGUGAUCCAAAAUGUCUAGCACAGGAUUCCGAAGCACAAACCGCCAUCAAGAAAUUGACAGAGCUACAAAAUGACAGACUUAAAAUCGCGGACAGAGAUCUUUGUGUGUUGUUCAAAGCUGCAAACGAAGUUUUAAAGACAGCUCAAGAAGUGUCUGAGCGGGCAAGAGAGGAUAUAGAAAUCUACAUUAAACGAUUGAAAAAUAAAGAGGACAACCAGGUCAAAGAAAAAGGUUACAAUCAACGAAAGCAAAGUGAAAUUUACCUAGCAGGUGUUUUCUCAGACCAUGAACGGAAUAAUUGGCUCAAAGCAUUAGUGGCUCAACAAAUUACAAAAGAUGGUUUACAUCAAUUUGUUAAACGAAAUAUUCAAGAUCUCCACAGGAACAUAUAUAAGGAAGUACAUUUGAAGUUGAAUUUUCAAGAGGCGAUUGAAUGUCGGGAUUGUUACACCGCAAAUUUAUUAGAAUGCCCAACACAUAACACAUGUGAAAUAAGUCGCAAAUGCUACUGCUUCAAAAGUAAAUGCCAGUCUAUGCACAACACCAUUUACAAACAACCGCGAACAUGUCCGAAAAAGAUAUGUGACAAAGUUCGCGAUUUAAUAAUACAAAAACACAGAUUUGGAAAUGCCUCUUGGAUGAACACAUUAGCUGAACUGUGGUCAUGUGAUGAUUGGCAAGUUGCUAAGUGCUUUUUACCUGCAGAAGGAUAUCGGGAAAUAAGUUAUUUUCAAGAUGUGGAUUACAAUGGACUAAUCCAUAUUAUGUUAACAUGCCGCCAGUUCGACGACACAAUGUCUUUCAAUAUAUCACCACAACAACCAAGUUCACCCUGCAUUCUUACAAUGGCAUGCGCUAUUGGUAAGGACGUACUUCAUUCUCCCAACUGUAAAGUUAAAGACAUCGACUUCCAGGAAUAUCUCACUACGUUGACCGCCUUACUAUGUGAUCCAAAAUGCCUAGCACAAGAAUUUGCGGCUCUAGAAGCCGCCAAGAAAUUAAAAUUGCUACAAAAUGACAAGCUAUCUUUUUCUGCGGCGGAUAUGAAUUUGUUAAUGCAAUACGUACGGAAUGGGGUAAACAGCAAUAAGCAACUUCACUCAAGUUACAUGAAAGGUAUUCUUAAAGAACUAGAUGAAUACGAGCAGAAUAUUAAAUACCUUCAAGAUGUCAAAGAAUUUACCAGACUUCUAAAGAAACACUACAAUACAACUUUGCUUUACGAUGUUAUUGACAGUUCUGAUAUGGAAAGCCAGAUAAAGUCUAUAAAACAGAUAUAUGCGUCUCAAAAACUUCACAGAAUUCACAAUUUUGAACGGGCUGCCCAGGUGUUUAAAUACAAAGAUAUGUUUUAUACCGACGGCCAGUUUAAUUCUCGAAUAUUCUUAAAGGGUGAGGCAGGAACCGGUAAAUCUACGUUUGCGGUCAAACUGGUUUUGGACUGGUGUAGUGACUCCAUAACUUACCAGGAGACUUCGGAGAAUGAAAUAGAUAUACAAGUGGAUCAUAAGGUCGACCAAGCAGUACCAAACACAAUCAGUAACGGCAAGAACCUACAAGACCCAACUGAAAAUAUCAUCUAUGAUCGGCAACGUCAAAACGAUUUAAUGUUUGAUGAUACAGAAACACUCAUGAACUUUCAGUGCGUAUUUUUGAUCAGAUUGAGGGAUUUUGAUGAUGAAAAAGAAAUAGUCAAUAUGAUUAAGCAACAAAUAAUUGACAAAAUGUAUGCAGAUCAGGAUCGAGAAGUCGCUUGUACACUUCUUCAUGAAAUAAUGGGAAAAGAAGACUGUUUAAUCAUUCAAGACGGUCUUGACGAAUGGACUAAUCGUGACGGGAAAGAUGCUCUUCCUUCAAUCGUAACCUUUCACAACCAGUGUACGGUGUUGACAACGACAAGACCGUGGAAAAUGACCGAUGAAAGAAUUAAAAACAUUGAUAGCACGUUAGAACUCGACGGAUUAAAUGAACCCUACGCGCUAAGUUCAAUCAUAAUUGAGCGUCGUUUUAAGACAGAAUCAUUCGUUCGAAAGGCUGACUUUGUCAAAUAUAUAGAAAACAACGAUAGCCUUAAAGAUUUAUUGCCGUCGCCAAUGUUGCUGAAGCUAAUUGUAAACAUGUGGAUGGACGGAAUAAUGUUGUCAGGAUCUUUGUGUGAAAUAUACAGUAUUCUGCUCGACAAUCUGCUUAAAAAGGUUACUACUUCAAAGGGGUAUUUUCAUUCACCACCUGUUUUCUGUUUUGAAAGAACGAAACAUAUCAAACCAAAUAUUGCAUGUUUUAAUGCCAUUUCAAAAUUGGCAUUUUCCAUGUUGUUUUCAUUUGAAAGAAAAUCUUCCAUUGUCUUCAGCGAUCGAGAAUUAUCAGAAUAUUUGUUAGAUGACCAGAAAUUGUUUGCAUUAAAUGCUGGUAUUUUAUCAGAAAGAAAAGGUAAUACCCUAAGCAAUUUAUGCACAUCCUCAUUUGUACAUAAAAGUGUACAAGAAUUCUUGGCCGCUUAUCACAUUACCAUGAAUGCUGGCGUUAUUGAUGAACAAGUGCGAAAGUAUAUUGAACAAUUUAGCAAUACCGAUUUUAAGCAACUGUAUGUAUUUCUGAUGGGAAUGAACGGGGUACAGUCUGCAAAACUUUGUAAGCUUAUUGAAGCAACUAUUGGAAAAGAUGAUGCAUCACUGAAAAAUGAUUUAGGUCGUGCGACAACAGGUGCCUUCAGGUCACAAUCAUCAGAUGCAGCAUCUGCCAAAGAGCUUCAAUUUCAGAGCCUCAUUAUGGCUGGAAAUAAAGAGGCAGAAGCUGUCAAGCGCAUGGCGACGGACAAACAUGAUCCAUCUAGAUUGGUUCAUUCAGCAAACAAUCACAUUGAGGGAAGGCUAUCGGUUUUCAACAUCAAAACGCAUGGCUGGAGGAAGCAGUAUGUGGUGGUCAGCUGCAGGAAAGUUCUUUUCUACAGUAGGGAGGCCGACAGGCACACGUCUAUACCUAUGCGCGUGCUUGAUAUAGAGAAUCUCACCCACGUCCGGUCAGUAUCCCAAGGAGAUGCCCACGGAGCAGAUGCAACAUUCAUUCCCAGAAUAUUCCAGGUGUUAUAUUCUUCUGAAGGUAAAAACAGAAAUACUGAAGAGAAUCCAGAGGAAAUAAACAGCCUGAUAAAGUCUAAGUCCGAUGUUAUAGACCAUAAGAGUCCCGAGUUUAUAGAGCUCCAUUUCCGAACACCGACGACAUGUGAUUCCUGCAACAAGCCCAUGUGGCACAUCCAUCGACCCAACGUCACGGAGCGCAGACACUGUCACUUCAAGUUGCAUAAAGACGACUUUGACGAAAGGGAAGAGGAGCUUGGUUGUUACUGCACAGUGAAAUUUGAUCAGAACAAACAAGCGAAUGAACUGCUGCUGCUAGCGGAUUCUGCAGAUGAUCAGCAGACCUGGGUGACGCACCUCAGUAAGAAAAUCUCCAAGAAAUGCACUUCCAACCAAGGAACAUUAGGUGCACCCAUCCAGCCUGACCAUGUAAACCAAACAAGUGCUGCAAAUCAAGUCAUCAUAGUUCAGAAACAGACACGGCAUAUAUUUAGAGAUCAUACACGAAUAUCCAAUAUAUCAGGUAUCUGUGAGACAGCUUCUGGUGAACUUGUAAUCACAGGCCGAAGGAAUUGGAGCGUGGAGCUGCUGAAUUCAUCAUACGCGGUUGUUGACAACCUCCAGUUGCCUCAGCAACCAAAAUCCAUGUGCAGCACUGAUGGCAACACAGUGGCAAUUGUUGUGGGUUAUAAUCAAGUUUUCUUUAUCAAAACGACCAAUGCUCAGCUGGUAAAGGACAGGACGCUGGAGCUUCAACAUAACUGCCUGGGUAUUGCUCACCGUCAGGGCACCAUAUAUAUUACAUCAGGUACAGCACUCUACCAGUACACUGUGGAUGGAGAGAUGGCAGGCUAUAUAUAUAUGCAUAGAGGAUUAAGAGCCACAUCCUGUGCAGUCAGUCCAGAUGGAGACAGGAUAUAUUUGGUUGACGUUGAAGGUCAUCAGCUGAUCACACUGUCCAGGAAUGGCACAGUCAUCUCCAUACUAUCGGACUCUAAACUGGUAAGGCGAUACACUGACUUUCCAGGCCUGCAUGUGACAGACUUGGGACAAGUGCUGGUGUGCGGAGGACACAGGUCCGACACAAUCUUCCAAGUGGACAAAGAUGGGAAACAGAUACUGGCAAAGGUGGUCACAGAAAAAGAAACUGGGAAGAUAGUAUCUGUCUGCUACAGCGUACGCACAAACAAACUAAUUGUCGGAACAUUAUACUAUACUAGCUUAAUUGAAUACACAAUUUAGUGACUUAUUUAAAAUGUAAAUGAUUAUAUGGUUCUCGGACACUGUUGGUUUCCGGACAACCUCUGUUUUAUCCAAAAUAACUAUUUUUUGUGACUCCAUUUUUUUCUGACACCCAGGUUUUCCAAAAUAGUUAAUGAAUCUUAUUUUUCGGGCACUUGCAUUUUCAUCAAUCAAUUUGCGUUAAUCCGAUGACACAUCAAACAUGUGUUUUACAACCUGAUAACGAUUUCAAAAAACUAGAAAAAAAAAUGUAGUCACUGUACCCGUUCAACGUUCAAACUGAAACAGUAUUGCUGUUGUUUCCUUCCUUAAAACGUGCCAUUGUCAAUAUACACAUGUACAGUAGAACAUAAUAUAUUAUGACAAGAAAUGAGCUAAGAUGCACAUGCCGUUUUGUGAAACAUGCUAUACAUUAUAAUACAUACAUUAUAUAUAAUGAACAUUUUCUGUCUGGUACCUUACAUAAUGACAACACAGAUAUUUUUUAAGUUUCAAGUUAAUGUCGGUAGAAUCAAAGACAAAUGUAGUAUUUAAUUCAAAACUGUUGAAGUUCAAGAAAAGGACUUUAUUCCACUAAACGCAUAUAUGCAAUUCAUCCCAGUCUUGCCAAAAUCGCCCCAGCAUCCCUCUGAGAUGCAAACAACCACGAAUACCGUGCAGUCUGAGUAGUUAAUCACUUCAUCCAUCUUAGUAACACUAUGGAUUACCAGAACCAAUACAAACACAGACAUUAGAUAACCCAGAGACUGUAGCAGAUAACGUACAUUUCAAGAAUAAACCCCGGAGAUUUUAAGUGGAAUGCUCCCUCAUGUAAGAUGAAUAAAAGGGCGUAUCGACAAAUAAUCAGAAAAUAUAUUAUUUAUAGAAAUUCACAUUUUGAAUAUUAAAUUAAUCUAAUCACGCUACUGCAAUAGCUGAAAUAAUCUAACAUUAAUGUCUUGUAAUUGCUUCAAGUUAAUUACAGUAACAUGAAUAACAGUAAUGUAGUUAUAUUUGCAUGUAUACACUAUUUGACAUAAAUUGUAAAUUUGACUCAAAAUUGUGCAUUAUUAUGCGUAAGUUAGGCCCAGGAACUUCUUAAAAGUAUCCCGGGUACUCUUAAUUGUACUGCAAUGUACCCCGGGUACGGACGAUACGCUUAUAGACAGCCGGUUAUACCCCGGUAUACUUUUACAUAUAUUUCCUAAUCCCGGGUACUUUGUAGUAUACCUAAGAAUUCCCGGGGUUACAAAGUAUCCGGGGUACUUUUAAGAAGUACCUGAGCAGACAAUGACCAAUCAUGGUUGUCUCAAAUGGAUACAAUUUCAAGACCAGCGCCGAGGGUAAUUCUGCAUUAGAAACUAGAAUUGUGUUGUUUACAGUUAAAAUAUGUGUUAAAGUUGGACGUCUACCCUGCUUUCGUUUUAUAUGAUCCCUUAGUUCGUUACUACUAGUUUUGUAUGAAAGGUUAUUACAAAAUUAAUUCCAACUAUCUGUUGUUGCUUGUUUAAUUACUUGUUUGACUCCCAUGCGGUCUUAAUUUGUUCAUAUGUUGAUCCUAUUUUGACGCGGAUGCAUUUUUCUACAUGUUUUACGGUAUUUAAUGGCUGAUUCACAUUCAUGAUUCGACCACAGUCCACAGCAUUUACUUUUUCUUUUUUUGUUGUUGUUUGCAAUAUGACUUAAGUGCUGUGUCAAGUUUGUAUAUGUAAGAUUAUAAGUUGAUAUGAACACUAUGAGACCUUUCCAACGCAACACUUUUCAAACUUGAAUAUCUAAGUAAUGAGUUAAGAUUUUUAUUUAAAACUGCGCAUGUGAUCAUUUGACUAAAUUCUGUGCAAGAUAACGAUACAAUCAUUCAUUCGUGACGCUUUUGCACGUGGGGUAGGUGUGGUUUCAUCUUUUUGCACGUGAAAAUAGUGAAACGCGAUAUGAUUUUUUUUUGUCAAUUUCAUUUUAGGUGGGUUGAUACACCAGGUAAACAUGAAAUUUAUUUAAAAAUCAAUAUGUCUCGUUUACAAUUUCAGGAGCGCAACCGCGCAAUCGGCAUGUUGCAGGCUACCUUCCCCACUUGCUGAAGCAUCUGAUCGUCACGGAUGAAUGAUUUUAUCGUAUGCUUGCACAUACUGUAGUCAAAUGAUCACAUAUACAAUUUUAAAUCAAAGUAGUUACUCACAACUGAGCUAUUUAAGUUUGAAAAAUGCUGCGUUCGAAAAGUCACCAAGUGUAGUACAACGUUGUAUAAUUCCAAUUUAAUUUCAAUUUUAUCAUUCUCGGUGGGUUUUUACACCAGAAAAACAAAACAUUAAUUAGAAAAACAAUAUGGCUCGUAUGAAUAUUCAUGAGCGCAUUGUUGCAAGCCAUGUAGCAAGCCGGUCGGUCAUUAAGACAUGUAAGUUAAUGCGUUUUACUUUUCAAAUUAUUAUUUUACGAUGUAUGAUUUUGAGAAUUUUGCUUUUUCAGUGAUUUUUUAAUUUGUAGUGUUUGAUAUUUUAAUGUUGAUCAAUUUCAAUUAAAUUUAUAUGAAGUAUAA